AUGUUAAUUUAUAAGAAAGCAACUCCUUAGGAACUAUAAAAGUAUAGGGAUGAUCAAGUUAAAAGCUGGAAAAAGGAGAAGGAUUUACAAAGAUUAAACGAAAGCUAAGUCAACUAAAUGUUGGAUUUAUUUCUUUUAUUUGCCAGUCAACGUACAUUUACAAUAAGAACUAAAGAUGUCGAAGCCUAAAAUACUCUCUUGAGAGUGAAUGAAGAGUCGACUUUAUUUUCGAAUGUCUUAUCAAAAAUGAAUCUCGUUGACGAAGAUCUAAAUUUUAUUGAUUUCUUGAAGCUCUAUUUAUAAUGCAUUGGGGAAGCAUAAUAGGAGGAAAAAAUAAAAGAAUUAUUUACAACUCUGAGUGCGAAAGGGGCAAUCAAUCUAGAAGACUUAAAGAGACUGGCUUAAGAGUUGGAUCACUAUCAUUUAAAGGAGGAAGACUUAAAUGAAAUAAUGAAAGUGGUAUCAGGCAAUGGACAAGAGAUUACAGAGGAGGAUUUUAUAAGAUUUUAUACACAGAUAAUAAUUAUGAUAAAAAUUAUAUAUAGGUUUAGUACAUAAUAAAUAAACUAUUACACUAUUCUUGAACUCAAUGCAACAUGCACCUAGAAACAGAUCAAACAAAACUAUCUGAAACUGGCCAAAAUCUAUCAUCCUGAUGUUUACAAGGGAAAUGAUGCCAAUAGAUUUAAGCUCAUUUAGGAGGCAUACAACACACUCAAGACUCCAGAAAAAAGGCAAUCAUAUGAUCAAACAAUAUUUAAGGAAAGAGCUUUUGCAAAUUAAGAAAGGCCUCAAAGUAGUGAAUCCGAAGAGAAUACAUAGAAGAAUGAAUACACAGCAAAACAAACUAAAGAUGGAAUAAAUUUCACAUUCACUAAAAAGGAAUACAAGGAUGCAACUGAGGAAAAGACUGUUGAAGAUGAGUUUAGGAAAUUCAUGUAGGAACCUCUAAAAAUUAAUCCAGAAGAAGUUAAAGUUUACGAAAAUGUUGUGGCCAGACAAAUGACAAAGGAACAUAAGGCUUAAGAUGAAUUCAUUAUAGCCAAAGAGAACAAGUGGAAGAUCUUCUUUUUUAAGGCCCAUUAGAUUGGUUAUUCCUAAUAAGUGAAGGAAUAUAUAAAAGGAAUAAAUUAAUAGUGGCAAGAAAAAAAGAAUGAUACUGAAGAGAUGAAAUAAUAGAAAAGGCAAAUGCAAAAGCGAAUUGCUAAUGGCAUUUUCUUUAUUUUUAUUGGGCUCUCUCUACCAUUCUUUUAUUCAGCACUAGCAAGAAGACAAGAAAUUGAUAAAGACUUUAAGGAGGAUUUAGAUUUUCUUUAUAAGGUGGCAGAUCAAAUGGAUUAUUUAGAAAUAUCAACUAGGUUUGUCUAUUGA